UCAAAUAAAUCGGUGUUAUGUAUAAAUUUUUUGUUCAAAAUGACCAAGAAUAUAACCGGCCCUGACUUGAAGAGAACUGGGGCGUAUUAUAACAUAAACUCGAUAUAUUCAAAAUCAAAAUGCCCGUAUUCACUGCAAAUAUUCCAGGAGCGCUUAAUAUUGGGGACAGAAUAGAAAUAGGCGGUAAAAUCAAGGAGAAUGCCAGAAAAAUGUCGGUAAAUCUUUGCGCCCAAGAAGGUGAAGAACCAAGAGACGUGGUGCUUCAUUUCGACGUACGGUUCCAUCGGGACAACAUAAUUUCCCUCUCAAGGAGAAAUGGCGUCUGGAUUGGUAGCGGCAAUUUGGAUACUAAUUAUAAUAUGUUUGUCCCCGGAACUAUAUUUCGUAUCGUCUUCGAAGUGAAAGAUACUGACGUGAUCACGAUAUACUGCCAAGGGAAGUUUCACUCGAAUUUUUUACCAAAAAUCCCUCUGACCAUGGCGCGUUUUCUCGUCGCUUGGGCAGAUGUGGAGAGGGUUACUCAUUGUUAUUUCCACAUGGCUGCGAAAGGUGUAGGAGAUGAGGCGACAGGUGGCGUGAUACCACCACGUUCACCACGGACUGGGGUCACGGCGGUAGUUGGAGAUUCUAAGAGGAGGCAAAGAAUUAAGAAACAAUACUGCCAAGGGUCACCUCACUCUUCGAAUGAAAGUUCUGACGACGAUCAAAAAUCUCCGGCGAAAGACGGCCGCGCCGAUAAAUACUUUUACGAUACUUUGAUGUGUCAACCACCAGAACAAAAAUAUGGUUUACCGGAAUCUUUAAAAUAUCGUCGUGAAUUAAAUCAAGUAAAAUGUAAAAUGGAUAACAGAAAAUACAGAGAAUUAACGGAUACAGAUAAAAAUGACACAGAUAUCUCUGAGGAAGCCAUGUCUAAAAACAUGGAUUCGUCUUUGGCAGAAUCGGAUGAUAUCUUGCCCGAAAUGGCCAUGAAAAAAAGAAUGAGGCGCGGGAAAUUCGCGCCGUUCGCUCAAGUCGUUAAUUUUAUGGGAAAAAAUGGGAAACGAAAUUAGUGUUUAUUUUUUUUUGUAAAAUAUACUCUUAAUGAUAUUUUUUCGUCUUGUAU